UCAUUCCACCCACUUUAAACGCGACUCUUAUCUUCGCGAAACCUUCUGUCGCAAGAUUACGGCUUCGAGCUCCCUUUCCCUAAACAACCCCACCGGUUACUGAAGUAUACAGGCUUCCCAGCUCUAGCCAUGUCUCUCUGGGGCAAACCUUCGGGUUUCGGGGCGUCUACAACUCCCUUCGGUCAAUCCACAACCACUACUGGUUUUGGUCAGACCGCAAACCAGUCGCAGACUCAGAACCAGCCGCAGUCCAGUGCACUUGGUGGAGGUCUACUCGGUGGGAGUACACUUGGCCAACCAUCGACCAAUGCGUUUGGUGCGAGCCUUCUUGGUCAACCCCAGGCGCAGCAACAGCCUCAGCAGCAGCUUGGAGCUUCUGGGUUCAUGAACGCAAGCCAGGCACCGGUGCAACGCUCCAGCCUAAUUUGGGAGCCAGGCCGAGAGUCACUGAUCCACAAGCCUGUUACGGAGCAAAUCGAAGGAAUGCUCGAGAAGUGGCUUCCCGAAAGUCCAAACACGGUAUUCAAGUACUACUUCUACAAUAAGGUCGACCAGGCGCGCAUCCCUCUCUAUCAACCCUCUCCCUCAGAAGAUCCCCGAGAAUGGGAGCAAGCUGUUCAUGAUAAGCCCGGUCCCGGAUAUAUGCCGGCCCUUGCUACCGGGUUUCAAGCUGUUAGCGAACGCCUUAAGAUGCAGAGACAGGUUCUAGGGCAUUUCAGAGUGGCGUUACAUUCUAUUAACUCUAGUUUGGACGCAAUUCUCUCACAACACGACUUACAAACCAGCGUGCGGACAGCCAAUGCCCGACGAAAGCACGCACUGCUACGACAGAGAUGUCUGGCCUUAGCAACAAAGGUACAGGUCUUGCGCAACCGCGGAUACUCCCUCGACAAGGAAGAAGAUGAAUUGAAGACGAAGUUGGAGACCCUCGAUCGAGCUGUGUCAGACCCGGCUCUAAGUGCGCGAACAGAGGAACUGUGGAGUCGUCUUAUAAUGCUGAGGGGAUAUGCGGAUAGCCUACAGAACGAGAUUAACAAGCGUGGCACGGAUGCUGAGGAGGGGAUAGGGGAGGAGAAUGAGGCCCAAGCCAAGGAGAUAUUAGAGAAGUUUGACAAGCAACUGCAGUCCUUGAAAACCGCGCUGGAGCAGGUUCAGAAGGAUUAUGACGAGUGGUGUGAGAGGAAUCCACCUCCUAGACAGUAGAUAACGCUUAGGAGGAUAAUGCAUAAACGAUCUCUGAUAGCAUGAGACAGAGGGAUGAAGUUCAUUAAUAGGAGUGGGUUCUCGGGUCUUGGGAAACUUGGAUGGUGUACAGAUAUUAGCUGGCUGUAGGAAACCGCAUAAAGCCCGGCGUUUGGGGACGUCUGCUUCUGAUAUUAGACGAUAAUAUCCCGAUUUGUCCC